AUGCCUCUGGAAUCUUUACCGAAUGAAAUUUGGUUAAUUGUAUGUUCAUUUUUGAAAAUCAAAGAUGCUCUACGUGCAUUCGGAGAGUUGAACUAUCGAUUUAGUGGAAUAUUAAUCGAGCAUAUGAAGAGAUAUGGUUUUGAUUUUCGAUCUAUAUCAUUGACUGCGUUUAAAUUCAUGUGUGAACAAUUUAUACAAUCUAAUGCUAGUGCUAUGAAAAAAUUAUGUCUAUCCGAUGAUGAUGAAACACCCUAUGAAACGAAACUUUUUCUUCAAUAUGGUUUUACAUUUGAUAAAUUCAUAUCUUUGAAUUCUCUUACACUAUGUGAACUCCAAUCCGAUCAAAUUUGGCGAAGCUUAAACAAUGCGUCAUCUCAUCUCAUCAAUCUCACAAAUAUCAAAUUGAUUAUAUGUUCUAUUAGUUCCGAUCAUUAUAGCAUUUUCAACGAGAUCUGGAAGUUACCUAAACUGACAUGUGCUCAUUUAGAUAUGGCCUUCGGUUGUAGAUUAGUAAAUUUAAGAGAUAUGAUUACUCAUUCGAAAACUCUGAAAUAUUUAACUCUCCAGGGUAUUUACGGAUAUCGUUGUGAGCAUAUAAAUACAUUUUUAAAGUGUACUCCUGAUUUGGAAUUUUUGUCACUACGUAUGGAUGAUGGAAUGUUUUUUUUACCACAAUCUGUGAUGUUAUCACUGACUCAUGGUGAAUUUGUUGUUUACGGAGGUAGUGCUAUGUUAGACAACAUUUUAUACAAUGCGCCUAAUCUAUGUCAUUUGAAAAUCAGAAUAUCAAGCUACUGUAUUUAUGGGAAUCAAUGGGAAGAAAUAAUUAAAGAACAUCUACCAAAAUUGGAGACAUUUGCGUUUACAAUGAGUUUCAAUUGUCCUCCAUCUGAUUAUGAUCAGAAAAUGAAACAAUUAAUUGAAUCAUUUACGAAUCAAUUUUGGUUAAUUGAACGUAAAUGGUAUGUUCGUUUCUAUUCGAGCUGUUUCCCAGAUACGAGCCACAUUUAUUGUUAUACGAUUCCAUAUGUUUUUUCUGAUUACGAGUUUAAUUCAAGCCGAAGCUUGAUAAAAUCAACUUGCCCAAAUCCUAAUGACUAUUGGUCAUAUGAUUCUGUUGAAACAUUAAGAUUUAAUGAUAGAUCAUCACCACAGUCUUCUGAAAUGUGCCCACCAAUACGAUUUUUCAAUAUUCGUCAACUCAAAAUCAUCAGAAGCAAUACUGAUAAGUUUUGGUCGAUUGUUCGACAAUUAAACAAAUUAGAAUUCAUUGAAUUCAUUGACGCCAGUGAUUAUGGAAUUUCCCGUUCAUUUAUAGAAACUCUACUUAAUAAUCAUGCAAUUCAUCUUGAUUCGCUUAGUCUAUAUCCAGAAUUGUUGUUCUUAAAUAAGACAAAUAUUCGUCGACUCAAUAUCGAACCUUUAGUGUAUGAAUUACAUGAACAAUCAUGUCUCAAAUUAAGUCGAUCUGUACUUUUAAACCGUUGCGAAAUACUUUCGAUUAACAUACGUAAAAUAGAAUAUCUAUUACCAAUUAUACAAAAUGCAAACUACCUUCGAACACUUAAAAUUUAA